CACUCCCGCACGCGCGCACAGGACCAUGCAAGUCAACGCCCUGCUCAAGAAAGCCGCCCCCGCGCCCGCCAAGACCGCCAAGGCGCCGGCGAAGACGCAGAUCAAGAAGGCGCCGGCGAAGAAGGCGUCGCCGUCGCUGCCGUCGCUGCCGAAUCCGUUCGGCGGCGCCGCGCCCAAGGCGAGCGCGAAGACGGUCAAGAAGGCCGCGCCGGCGAAGAAGGCGGUCGCGAAGAAGGCGCCGGUCAAGAAGGCGCCGGUCAAGAAGAAGGCGCCGGUCGCGAAGAAGGCGGCCAAGUCGCCGACCGCGGCCAAGGAGGCGCUCGCGAAGUGGUACGGUCCGGACCGUAAGUUGUACUUGCCGGGCGGCCUCUUGACCAAGGCGGAUUUGCCGAGCUACCUCGACGGUACGCUCGCGGGUGAUUACGGCUUCGACCCGCUCGGCCUCGGCGCCGACGGUGCGAUCAAGCAAUACCGCGUCGCGGAAGUCAUCCACGCUCGAUGGGCGAUGCUCGCGAUCCCGGGUGUCGUCAUCCCGGAGGCGCUCGGCUUGCCGGGCGGCGUCUGGACGGAAACCGGCAAGGUGUUCCUCGACGGCGAAACCGGCCGUCCGUUCUUCCUCGAGAACCCGAUCGUGUUCGCGGCCGUCCAAGUUGCGCUCAUGGCUGGUGUCGAGCAAUUCCGCUCGAGCGGUGAAGGUCCGGCCGGUUUCGUGCCGUUCAAGGGCAAGUUCGACGAGUCGGCGUUCAAGGGCCUCGACCCGAUCAACCCGGGUGGCCCGCUCGACUUCUUCAACGUCGCCUCCAACCCGCAAGACUUGGCCCUCUUGAAGGUCAAGGAAAUCAAGAACGGUCGCUUGGCGAUGAUCGCCAUGUUGGGCGUCUUCGUGCAAGGUCUUACCACCGGUGAAGGUCCGGCUGCCAACUGGGGCAAGCACGUCGCCGAUCCGUUCGGUUACAACUUCGUCACCCUUCAAGCCGUCGACCGCACGCCGGUUCUUUAAGCGCGAGUUUGAAACAAUUUUUCAAACUUUUGUGACGCGACCUGUUCAUGUAUAGCCGCUCGACCGGCUCGCUCGUUCACUUGUAACGGAAGACCGUGAUAUUCAACCA